AAGCGUGAUUUAAUGUUACGGAUUGUGGGAAAAUUGCUAUUCGUGACGUCAUGAACCACAAUGGCGCCUUUCUUGUGGUGCACAACAGCAAAGGCAGAAUCGUAUUUUAAAAGACAAUUUAUUCAAUAGAAUUUUUAAUACCCUAACAUCGAAACGUGAAAAGAAAUGCUCACAAAAUGUGCGACAUUUGUACGGAUAUGCUGGCUCUUCUCAAUAGCCAUGACGAGAAGGUGCAGUCUGGAGAAGGCUUACAGUUGACUAAAAGUGAUGUUAUAGCUGUUAUAUUUUUUGUUCAAGCAUGGCCACAGAGGCAAUGCACAUGCUGUUUUAAAGAAUUAAAGAAUUUUGAAAGACUCAACAACGUAGUCCAAGUAAUUCUAAACCUUGCUAUCAAGUACAUUCAAACAUUACCUGAAGACUACUUAAAAGAACAAGAAAGAGAAAAAGAGAAAGAGGCACAGAACAGUGAAGGAGAUGGAGGUGCAAACACAGAGGAAAAGCCCAAAAAUGAAUCCACUAUUUCUGUUGAGACUGGUAACCAAGAUGAUCCUAACAUAAACAUUUCUGAAGAUGAAGAAGAUAAAAAAGUUGACAAAACAAGAAAUGAUGACAAAAAAGUAGAACAAACAGAUGCAUCUCAAGAAAAGAAAAAAGAGAAAGUGGAAGAGGAAAGGGAAGGAAAAUCUAUAUCUGAAAACGAUGCUAAGGAUAAACUAGAACAGGAAGAAGAUGAAACAAAACAGGUUCAAGAGCUUGAGUAUUGGACUACUGAGGAUAAGGGAGGUCUUCUCCAGGUUGUGGCCAGAAUCUUCCUGAUGAACUUUCCACUGUACAUGGCCUAUAAGCAUACAUUUCACACUUCCCUGGAGGAGUUAUCUCAGCAAGAAGCGAAUGCACUAAAUAAUUAUUGUGAACUAUCGGUAAGAAGNCCCUAA